CAACAAUGUUCCCAAGAAACCACCUUAAUAAUGGAUGAUGAGACGUAUGAGGUACUAGAGCAGGAUAUCGGGGAACUCAAAUAUAUGUAUAAAAAUACUAAAUAUAUAUGUUACGACAAUUGUUUGCUAAUUUGCGCUCUCGCCGCAAAUUUUGAUAAAAUAAUGCAUUUGACGUGCUUUUGCGCAAAACAAAAGAAUCUGACGAAUAAAAGCGCCGCUCCUAAUCGCUCUCGCAAAACGAUUGAUUAGAUGUCGAAGGUGACGUCAAAGAAUCAAAAAUCAACAAUUCGAAUGUUGAUGAGACGAUAACUCCGCUGAACAUGGUCGUUAGUUGAAAUAUGACCGGAAGUGUUGACAACUUAGCAAGUCAUCUUGAAGAAGAGAAACCUGAACCAAAUUUUGAGAAAAAUGAGAUUCUUCCAUCUGUACCAAACGAGUUUUAUGAAGAAGAGGAUAAUAUAGUAUAUCCAGAUUUAUUGAAUUAUUACAAUAAUAAUCUUCAGAAUUAUGUACAUCCAAACACAAAUACAAAUAUACAGUUCCAAUUUACUUUUGGACAAGGUGGUGAAGACCAGGAUUGGGUAUACUCAAAAUCUUUGGACAAACUCUUCAUCAAGAUGGAAAAAAUUGUUCCAAUGCGGUUUCAUUGGGAACAAAUCCUAAACCCUUUAGGAUUAUAUAUACGCACGAAGAUGGUUUACAAAGUAGAGCAAUAUAGAAACGAACCAGUGAGAAGAUGUCACAAUCACAUGGCACCAACCUAUCAUAUUAACCAAAAGUUGGAUCCAAGUGUACUUCCAUACGUUGUACAUUGCGUUAACCAUCGCGGGGCCAGUUAUGAAGUGCACGACAAUCAUCUUUCUAUUCUAACGCAGCUUGGAUCUUACGAACCGGGUACUCAAUAUGAGCCAAUGUGUUUUCAGUUUUUAUGCAAAAAUAGUUGUCCGUCAGGCAUGAAUCGCAGACCGACUGAAUUAUUAUUCACUUUAGAGGAUUCUGAGGGACAUGUUUUGGGCCAGAAAGAACUGUCAGUUAGAGUAUGUAGUUGCCCUAAACGAGAUAAAUUAAAAGAGGAGAAAGAAUUAAAAAAAACAUCAGAGGAACUUAUUCGACAAAAUUCAGGAAACAAAAUGUCUUCGUGCGAUACACACCCUUAUAAAGUCGAUAUAAGUGUUGCUGGGAAAGAGAAUUUUUUGUCGGUUCUUAAAUAUGCUCACGAUGUCAUGGCCGGUCAAGCAUCAAGAACCGGUCAAUAUCAAGCUUUUAAGCCAUAUAUGGAUGCCAUUUUACGGAAAAUACCUUAAAAUACCUUAAAAAAUACUUUAAUACAUUAACUCUAGCUACGACACGCUCUAACGUAAGAUUAUCCGCUGUUUGCGGCGCGAUAUUUACAUGGAAAUGGUUAAAUGAUAAUAUAGUUUUAUUUUUUAUUUUUUUAAAAUACUUUUUGCAUAUCUGGUAACAAUUGGAUACUAUUAUACCUGAUCUACAACCAGGAUUAAACUAUCUUAAUUAUUUGAUUUUUUAUGCUUUAGAAAAAAAUGAUUUAUUAGAUCCCAUCAGAAGUUAAAAAGUAACCAGAAUGAUUUUAUACAAUAAAUUGCUAUACAAUAUGCAAUAAAAUAAAAAACAAAACAGUUUUGUGUUAGAGUUUAGUAAACAGAUUUUUUUUUAUAGGAUUUACUUAGCGAUAAGAAAUCUUGAAUUAAGAUUUAUAUACAGUCGGUACUGCCAAUGUUUUAUAGCAUAUACAGUUACAUCAAAUAAUGUCUUUUAUUACUUAAGAUAUUGUUGCAACUUUAUGUGUUAGGAUAUUUACGACACUGUUACAAAAGAACAGAAUGCGUUAAAUAAGGUUUCUCGAUACUCACGCAGCUCAUCUUGAAUUUUGAUGUCUAUGGAUUAAAUGUGAGUUUAUGCGAAAAUAUUCUCUUCUAAAUAAAAUAAUUUUCACGCUUCUGACAAAAUCUAAGAUAGCCACGAGAGUAUCAAGGACCCUUAAGAUUUUUGUAUGAUUUUAUAGUACAUUAAGAUUUUGCAUGUUUCUUUCAUAGAAUAAGUAUUAUACGUUUGUUAUACCGAAAUUACAUAUAAUCUAUGUAAGUAUUGGAAAAUACAGUCAUGCGACUUUACACGUAAGAUAUAUAAUAUAGUUACCUUUUGCGACGCCUUGUUAGCUAUUAAGAAAUGACAAAAAUAAAAUUUUACUUUUUCACAUCA